GUACUGAGUCUAGAUGGAAACCUAUCCCAGCAUGCCUGAUAGUGAAGGCAGGAAAGGAUGGUGAAGCUAAGAUGGCAGCACUGAAGGUGCAGCCUGUCCGGGUUCAAGAAAAAUACAAGGAACAAACAAAAACAAAGGACACGCCACGCAAUUAAAAAAAUAGCAACUGUCAGACAAGGAAACGAGACAGUAUGCCUUGAUAUGGUGGAGUCCCGGAAGUAAUUAUUACAUUAUCGUGCUGAAAAGACGGGAUAUUUCGUUAUUUUCAGAAGGGAGUGUAUAUAUUUUUUUUCAGUUUCAUUUGUAGAUUUGUGUGGAUGAAAUUAUUUUUGUGGCAACAUUUAAACGAUACCUCCUGUAGUUGUACUGUGAUAUUACUGACAGGCUUAACGAGCUGUUAUUUAUAAAUCAUUUUGUUAUAAUAUAUGAAUUGAUCUACAGUACAAGGGUGAUGUGUGCUGCUGCUUCUGCAGCAGGGACUGGUGGGCUUCUGUCAUCCUGUGCGCCUUCUGUGGGGCUGGGUGACAGGGUCGGUUCUGGAGUUGGUUCGGAUUUUUCUAGCAUUGGACCAGGUAUGGGUGCGUGUCCCGGUAUCGGGGCCCAGUCAGAUUGCCGGGGUCGGUACCAGCUGCUUUUGUCGGGGAGAGCACUGGCUGAGAGAUACCGAAGAAUAUACACCGCAGCGAUCAGCGACAAAGAGCAAGGGAUCAAUCAGGGAAGGGGAAAAAAGGCUUUGAACAAGAAAAAACUGAAAAGGAAGCAAAAGGUCAAAUCAAAAGCGAAAACAAGAACAAAGACUGAGAAUCUAGACGGCACUGUCUCUGUGCCAGAUAUCAAACUGCAUAGCAACCCAUCUGCAUUCAACGUGUACUGCAAUGUCCGCCACUGUGUGCUUGACUGGCAACAGAAAGAGGCCUCCCUGGCUUUGGCCUCCAAGAGCUCAGUGCAAAGUGGGGAGUCUGACAGUGAUGAGGAGGAGGAAUCCAAAGAGCCAGCUUUUAAAUUACCUAAGAUCAUUGGGAUCGGACUGUGUGGAGUGUUUGAGCUCAUAAAAGAGACCAGGUUUUCACACCCAUCGCUAUGCUUGAGGACUUUACAGGCUUUGCUGGGCAUGCUGCAGGGCCAGCAGCCAGAGGGGUUUCAGUCUGAGCCUCCUGAGGUUUUAGAGUCCCUGUUUCAUCUUCUUCUGGAAACAACGAUUAGAAGCGCUGGUGUGAAUGACAGCACGGGCCAGGCUCUCACAGCACUCUCCUGUGCAUGUCUGUUCAGCCUUGUGGUUUCCUGGGGUGACACGGGCAAAAUUCUGCAGGCUGUGUCUGCUAUCCUCACCAACAACGGCAGCCAUGCCUGCCAGACCAUCCAGGUUCCGACCAUCCUGAUUGCCCUCCAGAGAAGCGUCCAGGCAGUGCUUGUGGGAAAGGUCCAGAUUCAGGACUGGUUUGGUAAUGGGAUCAAGAAGGCUGCACUGAUGAACAAAUGGGUCCUCAAAGAGGUAUCCAUAGAUGAUGACGACCAGUGCCUGCUCCAGAGCGACGGCUCCUUCCUUUAUCUCUUAUGCAAAGAUGGGCUGUAUAAAGUGGGCUCAGGAUAUAGUGGAACAGUUAGGGGCCAUGUGUAUAAUUCGACAUCGCGUAUACAAAACCGAAAGGAAAAGAAGUCUUGGUUGGGAUACGCACAGGGAUGUUUGCUGUACAGGGAUCUGAGCAGCCACAGCAUGACCGCAGUAAAGAUCAACCCAGAAACACUGGAGCAAGAGGGAGCAAUCACCAUGCCAGGCCUCCAGGCUGAUGCACAGAACAUUGUUUUUACAGAUGGAGAGUACAUCAAUCAAAUUGCAGCUUGCAGAGAUGAUGGCUUUGUUGUCCGUAUCUAUGCAACAAGCACCGAGCCAGAACUUCAACAAGAGCUGCAGCUGAAGCUGGCCCGAAAAUGUCUCCAUGCUUGUGGGAUAUCCUUGUUUGAUCUGGAGAAAGACCUGCACAUAAUGUGUACAGGGUUUGAUGAGGAGGCUGCAGUUCUGGGAGCCGGCAGAGAGUUUGCUCUCAUGAAAACUGUGAGUGGAAAGAUAUAUUACACUGGCAAGUAUCAGAGCUUGGGAAUCAAACAAGGCGGUCCUUUGGCAGGGAAGUGGGUGGAGCUGCCUAUCACCAAAUCCCCUAAGGUCAUCCAGUUCUCUGUUGGACAUGAUGGUUCACAUGCCUUACUGGUAGCCGAGGAUGGAAGUGUCUUCUUCACUGGGUCCGCCAGCAAAGGAGAGGAUGGAGAAUCAACAAAAAGCAGACGGCAACCAAAACCCUAUAAGCCCAAGAAAAUGCUAAAGGUGGAUGGCAAAACUGCAGUUUACACCGCAUGCAACAAUGGCAGCAGCAGCAUUGUAACAAAAGAUGGAGAGCUGUACAUGUUUGGAAAAGAUGCUGUUUAUAGUGACAGCUCCUGCCAGGUGACUGAUUUGAAAGGACGCUUUGUAACUCAGGUAGCUAUGGGGAAAGCUCAUACCUGUGUGCUGACCAAAGAUGGCGAGGUCUGGACAUUUGGGGUCAACAACAAAGGACAGUGUGGCAGAGACACUGGCUCCAUGAGCCAGGCUGGGAAAGCUGGGUUUGGGAUUGAGAACAUGGCGACGGCGAUGGACGAGGACCUGGAAGAGGAGCUGGACGAGAAGGAAGAGAAGUCCAUGAUGUGUCAGCCUGGCAUGCACAAGUGGAAGCUGGACCAGUGCAUGGUGUGCACGGUCUGUGGAGAUUGCACUGGCUACGGGUCCAGCUGUGUCAGCAGCGGGAGACCAGACAGAGUGCCAGGAGGAAUCUGUGGAUGUGGCUCUGGGGAAUCAGGCUGCUCGGCCUGUGGCUGCUGUAAGGCCUGUGCGAGGGAGCUGGAUGGCCAGGAGGCGAGGCAGAGGGGGAUCUUUGAUGCAGUCAAGGAGAUGAUACCUUUAGACCUGCUGUUAGCUGUCCCUGUUCCUCCAGGAGUGAAUAUUGAAGAACAUAUCCAAAUAAGGCAGGAAGAGAAGAGACAAAGGAUAAAUCGAAGGCACCGACAGGAGGAAGGGAGAGGCCCCCUUGUAUUUCCUGGUCCCAUUUUUAUGAAUCACCGAGAGCAGGCCCUAGCCAGACUUCAGGCACAGCUAAAGCAUAAGCGGGACAAACGCAAAGAUGGCAGUGGGGAGCGAGGAGACAAAGAUGCAAGCAAGAUCACCACUUACCCACCAGGGGCAGUUCGCUUUGACUGUGCGCUCAGAGCGGUCCAAGUUAGCUGUGGAUUCCAUCACUCAGUGGUGUUGAUGGAGAAUGGAGAUGUGUAUACAUUUGGGUAUGGACAACAUGGACAACUUGGGCAGGGCGAUGUGAAUUCCAGGAGUUCUCCUACACUGGUCCAGGCUUUACCAGGACCCAGCAUACAUGUGACAGCAGGAAGUAACCACACGGCGGUUCUUUUAAUGGAUGGUCAAGUCUUCACUUUUGGGAGUUUCUCAAAGGGGCAGCUAGGAAGACCCAUUAUAGACAUGCCAUACUGGAAUGCAAAGCCAUCCCCCAUGCCCAACAUUGGAGCUAAAUAUGGGCGCAAAGCUACGUGGAUUGGUGCCAGUGGUGACCAGACCUUCCUGAGGAUCGAUGAAGCGCUUAUAAAUUCCCAUGUCCUGGCCACAUCAGAAAUUUUUGCCAGCAAACAUAUCAUUGGUCUAGUACCUGCAUCCAAAUCAGAACCACCACCUUUUAAAUGCCUGUUGAUAAAUAAAGUUGAUGGGAGCUGCCGGACGUUCAAUGAUUCUGAACAGGAGGACCUGCAAGGGUUUGGAGUCUGUUUGGAUCCAGUCUACGAUGUGAUUUGGAGAUUCCUCCCAGCUUCCAGAGAGUUUUGGUGCUACAAUGCUGUGAUUGCUGAUGCCAGGAUCCCCACAGCGACAGACGUUCAGUCGAGAUGCAGUGUACUGAGUCCUGAGCUUGCUCUCCCAACUGGGUCUACGGCAACCACUACAAGGUCUCACGGGGCACUACAUAUUCUAGGUUGUCUAGACACGCUGUCAGCAAUGCAGGAGCUGAAAAUGGGAGUUGCCAGUACCGAGGAGGAGACUCAAGCUGUUAUGAAGGUUUACUCCAAAGAAGAUUACAGCGUAGUCAAUCGAUUUGAAAGUCAUGGUGGUGGGUGGGGGUAUUCAGCCCAUUCUGUAGAAGCCAUUCGCUUCUGUGCAGAUGCAGAUAUCUUACUGGGGGGUCUUGGACUGUUCGGUGGGAGAGGGGAAUAUACGGCAAAGAUAAAGCUUUUUGAGCUGGGGCCUGAUGGAGGAGACCAUGAAACAGAUGGAGACCUUCUAGCUGAGACUGAUGUUCUGGCUUAUGAUUGCGCAGCUAGAGAGAAGUAUGCCAUGAUGUUUGAUGAGCCAGUGCUGCUGCAGUCUGGCUGGUGGUAUGUUGCUUGGGCUCGAGUAUCGGGGCCGAGCAGUGACUGUGGUUCCCAUGGACAGGCAACCAUCACCACCGACGAUGGUGUGGUUUUCCAGUUUAAGAGCUCCAAAAAGUCGAAUAACGGUACAGAUGUAAACGCAGGUCAGAUUCCUCAGCUGUUAUACAGGCUUCCAUCAAAUGAUGGCAAUGCAGCAAAAGGAAAGCAGCAAACCAGUGAGCCCGUACACAUUCUGAAGAGAUCGUUUGCAAGGACUGUUUCUGUAGAGUGCUUUGAGUCCUUGCUGAGCAUCCUUCACUGGAGCUGGACCACACUGGUUCUGGGUGUGGAGGAGCUGCGAGGACUGAAGGGAUUCCAGUACACCGCUACUCUGCUGGACCUGGAGAGACUGCGCUUCGUGGGCACCUGCUGCCUCCGACUGCUGCGGGUCUACAUCUGUGAGAUCUACCCCAUAUCAGCGAGCACAAAGUCAGCAGUGGAUGAAUCCAGCAAAUUGGCAGAUUGCGUUGGGAAGACUCGAAGUCUCCUGAGGAAGAUCCUGUCCGAAGGAGUAGAUAACUGCAUGAUCAAGCUGGACAAUGACCCGGAAGGCUACCUUAGCCAGCCCCUGAUUCUCCUGGAAGCUGUUCUGCAGGAGUGCCAUCAUACAUUCACAGCCUGUUUCCAUUCCUUCUACCCAACACCGGCCCUGCAGUGGGCUUGUCUGUGUGACCUGCUAAACUGUUUGGAUCAGGACAUCCAGGAAGCGAACUUCAGGACAUCAAGUAGUCGACUUCUUGCUGCAGUAAUGUCAGCCCUGUGCAAUACCUCAGUGAAACUGACCUCCAUCCUCCCCAUUGCCUAUGACGGAGAAGUGCUGCUGCGUUCCCUUGUCAAGCAGGUCAGCACUGAGAACGAUUCUGCUCUGGCACACAGAUUCCCCCUGCUGGUAGCACACAUGGAGAAACUUAGCCAUGCCGAGGAGAACCCCAUGGGUAUGACUAGUUUCCGGGAAGUACUGGAGAAGAUGUUGGUGAUUGUGGUGCUUCCAGUGAGAAAGAGCCUGCGGAAGGAGGUGGAGCUCUUCUCCCCACACCUUGUCUCCAACACCUGUGGCCUCCUGGCCAGCAUUGUGAGUGAGCUCACUGCAUCAGCACUGGGCUCAGAGGUGGAUGGGCUCAACUGUCUCCAUUCAGUGAAAUCCACCCCAAACCGCUUCACUAAAACAAGCCAAGGAAGAAGCUGGAACACUGGGAACGGAUCCCCAGAUGCCAUCUGCUUCACCGUGGAUAGGCAUGGGGUGGUGCUCGUGGGGUUCUGUGUGUAUGGUGGAGGUGGCGUCCAUGAAUACGAGCUGGAGGUUCUGGCUGAUGAUGCACAGACUGAGCACCCAGGAGAUUCAGCUCAUUCACACAGGUGGACAUCUUUGGAGAUGGUGAAAGGGACCUACACCACUGACGACUCCCCCAGUGAUAUAGCUGAAAUCAGGCUGGACAAAGCUGUACCAUUAAAGGAAAGUGUCAAAUAUGCAGUCCGUUUAAGAAACUAUGGAAGUCGCACCGCUAAUGGAGAUGGAGGCAUGACCACAGUGCAGUGUACAGAUGGUGUGACGUUUACAUUCAGCACCUGCAGUCUCAGCAGUAACGGCACCAAUCAAACACGAGGACAGAUUCCACAAAUACUUUACUACAGGAGUGAGUAUGAUGGGGAUCUACAGAGUCAGUUAGUCAGUAAAGCCAAUGAAGAGGACAAGAACUGCAACAGGUCUUUGUCUGUAGUGAGUGUUGUGAUUCAAGCCGCCAAAGACCUGCUUCACAGGGCAUUCGCUGUCGAUGCUGAAGACAUUCCAGAAUUGUUGAGUUCCUCCAGCCUGUUUUCCAUGCUGCUUCCCCUCAUAUUGGCUUAUAUCGGACCAGUGGCAGCUUCAGUUCCAAAGGCUGCUGUUGAGGUAUUUGGACUAGUUCAGGAACUGCUUCCAGCUGUUUCUGCUUUGAAUCAGAAAUAUGCUCCACCUGCUUUCAACCCAAAUCAAUCCACAGACAGCACCACAGGGAACCAGCCAGAGCAGGGGCUUUCAGCAAGUACCACCUCCAACCACUACUCCGUCACCGAGAGCGACCACCCGUACAAACAAGCUAGUGUCACCCAGUACAAGGUGUCUUUUCCUGAUUGUGUGCAAUGGAUGACCAUUGAGUUUGACCCCCAGUGUGGUACAGCACAGCCUGAAGAUGUGCUCCGUUUGAUGAUUCCAAGCAAACCCCUGCAGGUCCCUGGGUUUGGAUCGAAACACUCGACACACGAGAGCUUAAACACCUGGACAGAGCUGAAGAAAUUCUCUGGCUCAUGUGGAUGGCCCACUACAGUGUUGGUGCUGCCAGGCAAUGAAGCUCUUUUCUCCUUGGAGACUGCUUCAGACUAUGUGAAAGAUGAGAAGGCUAGCUUUUAUGGUUUCAAGUGUGUUGCUGUGGGAUAUGAAUUCAAUCCUGGGUCAGAUGAGGGUAUUAUACAACUUGAGAAGGAGCUUGCAUACUUGGGGAGUGUAUGUGCGGCUGCUCUUAUGAAAAAGGACCUUGCAUUGUCAAUAGGCAACGAACUGGAAGAAGAUCUUGAAAUACUUGAAGAGGCGUCUUUGCAGGUUUGUAAGGCUCAUGCAGGUAUUCUUGGGAAAGGCUUGGCUCUGUCACGGUCACCUUCUAUUCUUGAAGCUCUGGAAGGUAACCUUCCCCUCCACCUGCAAAGCAAUGAGCAUUCGUUUCUCGAGGACUUUAUCACUUGUGUCCAAAACUCCAGUGGUGGGCGCCUAGCCAGGUGGUUACAACCAGAUUCCUAUGCAGACCCACAGAAAACCUCAUUGCUUCUCAACAAGGAUGACAUUAAAUGUGGAUGGCCAACCACUGUUACAGUGCAGACCAAAGACCAAUACGGAGAUGUAGUGCAUGUUCCAAAUAUGAAGGUGGAGGUGAAGGCCGUCCCUGUAUCCCAGAAAAAGUCUCUUCAGCAGGGGAGCAUUCGGAAGCUCCAGCGGAUUCCGGGGAGCCCUGCCUCAGCAGCGUCUGGGGCUGACAUGACCUUCGGGGGGCUCCCUGCACCCAAACUGGAGGCCACCUAUGAGCCAAUGAUUGUCAAAGAGGCCCGCUACAUUGCCAUAACUAUGAUGAAGGCUUAUGAAAACUAUUCCUUUGAAGAGCUUCGAUUUGCUUCUCCAACACCCAAGAGGCCAAGUGAGAACAUGUUGAUCAGAGCCAACACUGACGGCACCUACGGGGCAAACUGGACUCCUGGAGCUGUGGGCCUUUACACCAUCCAUGUCACAAUAGAUGGUAUAGAAAUAGAUGCUGGGUUAGAAGUGGAAGUCAAGGAUCCACCAAAGGGGAUGAUACCUCCUGGAGCUCAGAUAGUCAAACCUAAAGCAGAGCCUCAGCCAAGCAAGGUUCGCAAAUUUGUGGCCAAGGACAGCGCAGGGCUUCGUGUCCGUAGCCACCCCUCUCUACAGAGUGAACAGAUAGGCAUAGUCAAGGUCAAUGGAACCAUCACUUUCAUUGAUGAGAUCCACAAUGAUGAUGGUGUAUGGCUGAGACUGAAUGAUGAGACUGUAAAGAAGUAUGUUCCCAACAUGAAUGGGUACACUGAAGCCUGGUGCCUCUCUUUUAACCAACAUCUGGGCAGGAGCCUUCUGGUCCCUGUUGACUAUGUCUUUAAUGCUAGCCAUGGAGUCAGGGAUAUCGACUUUUUAUCUGGGAGUUCCAAAUCUUUGUGUCCCCAGGAGUCCAGAAUGCAUUCUGAUGAUUAUUUUAAGGAGGUCAAUGCUCGGCGCUCCCAUGAAGUGUCCGUGAGAGAGCAGGACAGGCUGUGCCUGCAUGGCGGACCAGGCGUUUAUAAGGUAGUGAAGACUGGACCCUCGGGUCACAACAUCAGAAGCUGCCCUAACCUUAGAGGUAUCCCAAUUGGAAUGUUAGUUCUGGGAAACAAAGUCAAGGCGGUAGGCGAGGUGACAAACUCAGAAGGCACUUGGGUGCAGUUGGAUAAGAACAGUAUAGUGGAGUUUUGUGAAAGUGAUGAAGGAGAGGCCUGGUCUCUUGCGAGAGAUCGGGGAGGCAAUCAGUACCUUCGACAUGAAGAGGAGCAAGUAAUAUUGGAUCAAGGAGCACAAACACCACCUCCAAGUCCUUUCUCUAUUCAAGCUUUCAAUAGGGAUGCUGCUGCCAACGGUGCCCAAGGAUAUGACUAUGGGAUUUCAAAUAAUAAAGGUGACCAGUUGAGUGCCAUACUGAAUUCUGUUCAGUCUCGGCCUUUCCUCCCAGCUCCCUCCGUAUUUGAGCAAGCUGCCAAACCUCCCUCUUCCCUUGUCCACAGCCCAUUUGUGUUUGGACAGUCCCUUUCCUUCCAGCAGCCUCAGCCUCAACCACAGCUUCCGAACGCUUCAUCUCGCAACCUUGCUUCACGUGAGCGUGUGCACAAAAGUAGCAGUGUAGCUGGGCCAGGCUCUGCUCGCUCAUCACUAGCUCACAAAAAAAAGGGUGAAAGAGGGAAUUUAGCAACAGCUGCUAUGCCUUUAUCUCCUGCUGGGAAGUUAGACCUACCUGGGAAACACAAAACAGAAAGUAGAUCCCCAAAAUUGGAUGGCCGUGUUAGCAGAGUCUCUGCUGACCAAGUAAAGAUGAAGAACACAGAAAGCAUGUCUGCCAGUGAAUCCCUCGUACUGAAAUCUGACACGGCUAAGUUGAGGUCGGACUCUCACAGCAGGUCGCUGUCUCCGAACCACAAUACCCUUCAGGCACUGAAAGCCGACAGAACCUCAGGAUUAAGGGCAGAAUCACCUACCCCAGGAUCCAGGUCCUCUUCUCCAAAACCAAAGGCUUUGUUAUCUGGCAGAUCCAGUCCCUCCAGCACUAGUUCUCCAAGAUCGACAUCCCCGUACGAAAAGAACCUACCUCAAAUAGUCAGCUCAUCUUCAAAAUCCAAACUGGAUCCACCUAGGGAGAGGUCAAAGUCUGACUCAUAUACCCUAGAUCCUGACACCCUCCGUAAGAAAAAACCUCCCCUAACUGAGCCUCUACGUGGACGUUCCACCUCACCCAAACCAAAAAUCCCACCAAAAGAUGGGAAAGCUGGUGACAAUGAUGAAAACCGAGCUCCCUCUCCCCACGUGGUACAGGAAAACCUGCACAGUGAGGUGGUAGAGGUCUGCACCUCCAGCACUCUGGCAUCCAGCAAUGAUGAUGGUAAUGAUGAAAACCCCGAUGCCAGAAACAUUGAAGAAGGCUCCUCAAAAGUCCACUUCAGCAUAGGGAAAGCUCCAGUUAAGGAAGAGCAAGAAACCAGGUCAUCCCCCAAAGUCAGCCGCAAGACAACUGGCCGACAUGUAAGGCCCAAGAAAGAGAAAUCUGGUCCCUUCUUUAAGGGUGAGAAUGCCCGCCUGGUGGAGCCCGCCAAGCAAGCUAUGUCACCAUCAGUAGCCGAGUGUGCCCGUGCAGUAUUUGCAGCUUUUCUUUGGCAUGAGGGCAUUGUUCAUGAUGCCAUGGCCUGCUCAUCCUUCUUAAAGUUCAAUCCUGAGCUCACAAAGGAGCAUGCACCUAUAAGGAGCAGCCUUAGCAGCCAGCAAGCCAUGGAUGAGAAGGAAAACAAGCUGAAGAACAGGCACUCCCUAGAGAUCUCCUCUGCCUUGAACAUGUUCAACAUCUCUCCCCACGGGCCUGACAUUUCAAAAAUGGGCAGCAUCAACAAGAAUAAGGUCCUCUCCAUGCUCAAGGAACCUCCACUGCCAGAGAAGUGUGAGGAUGGGAAGGCUGAAACAGUAAUCUACGAGACCUGUAGUCAAACAACCACAAAGACAAAGUCCCCUCUUCCACUGACCUUACAGCACCUUGUGGCUUUUUGGGAAGACAUCUCCAUGGCCACCAUCAAAGCUGCCACCCAGAACAUGAUCUUCCCCAGCCCUGGUUCCAGUGCCAUUCUGAAGAAAAAGGAGAAUGAGAAAGAUGGCAAGAAAUCCAAAAAGGAGAAAAAGAAGAAGGAGAAGGCUGAUGUUCGGCCAAGAGGAAAUCUCUUUGGAGAGAUGGCCCAACUUGCUAUGGGUGGGCCAGAGAAAGACACCAUUUGUGAGCUGUGUGGAGAAUCUCAUCCCUACCCUGUGACCUACCACAUGAGACAAACCCAUCCAGGUUGUGGUCGGUAUGCUGGAGGACAAGGCUAUAAUAGCAUUGGACACUUCUGUGGAGGCUGGGCAGGUAACUGUGGAGAUGGAGGAAUUGGAGGCAGCACAUGGUAUUUAGUGUGUGACCGCUGCAGGGAAAAAUACCUCCGCGAGAAGCAAACAGCAGCAAGAGAAAAGCUUUCUGGCCAUCAGGUGAAGCAGUCGAGGAAAAAACCAAUGCAGGUCAAGACCCCCCGAGCCCUCCCCACCAUGGAGGCUCACCAAGUCAUCAAAGCCAACGCCCUGUUCCUGCUGUCCCUGAGUAGUGCCGCGGAGCCCAACAUGCUCUGUCACCAUCCACCCAAACCCUUCCACACCCAUCUACCCAGCCUCAAGGAGGGUGUCUCUGAGGAGAUUCCCAACAAGAUUGGCUGUCUCUACCUGCAGACUCUCGCACGACAACAUUCAGAGAAUUUUGGUGGCUACCAUGAUGAUAAUCUUUUCCAAGACGAGAUGAGGUACUUGCGAUCAACCUCAGUCCCAGCCCCUUAUAUAUCAGUCACUCCAGAUGCCAGCCCCAAUGUCUUUGAGGAGCCUGAAAGCAAUAUGAAAUGCUUGCCUCACAGUUUGGAGACAAGCCCCAUUACUGACAGCGACACAGCCAAGCGCACAGUAUUUCAAAGGUCCUACUCAGUGGUGGCAUCCGAAUAUGACAAGCAGAACUCCACCUCCACUGCUCGAGUGAAGGCCAUUCCCAGACGCAGAGUCAACAGUGGAGAUGCAGAAGUGGGCUCUUCUCUCCUGCGACACCCCUCCCCGGAGCUCUCACGGCUGAUAUCUGCCCACGGUUCACUCAGUAAAGGGGAGCGUAAUUUCCAGUGGCCUGUCCUGGCCUUUGUCAUCCAGCACCACGACCUGGAAGGACUGGAAGUGGCGAUGAGGCAUGCCUUGAGGAAGUCUGCCUGCAGAGUGUUUGCAAUGGAGGCUUUUAACUGGCUGCUGUGUAACGUCAUCCAGACCACCUCUCUCCAUGACAUCCUGUGGCAUUUUGUGGCAUCCCUGACCCCUUCUCCCUGUGAGCCAGAAGAGGAGGAGGACGAAGAAAACAAAGCAAACAAGGAAAAUGCUGAACAGGAGAAAGACACACGUGUGUGUGAGCACCCCCUGUCCGAUAUCGUGAUUGCAGGAGAAGCAGCUCAUCCUCUGCCCCACACCUUUCAUCGGCUCCUGCAGACCAUCUCAGACCUUAUGAUGUCUCUGCCUAGCGGCAGCUCCCUGCAGCAGAUGGCCCUUAGAUGCUGGAGUCUGAAGUUCAAGCAGUCUGAUCAUCAGUUCUUGCACCAGAGCAAUGUCUUUCACCACAUCAACAACAUCCUAUCCAAAUCUGAUGAUGGAGACAGUGAGGAAAGCUUCAACAUCAGUGUGCAGUCUGGAUAUGAAGCCACUAACCAGGAGCUGUGUGUUGUCACCUGCCUGAAAGAUCUUACGAGCAUCGUUGACAUCAAGACCUCCAGCCGGCCAGCCAUGAUCGGCAGCCUAACAGAUGGGUCCACAGAAACCUUCUGGGAGUCAGGGGACGAGGAUAAGAACAAGACCAAGAGCAUCAGCAUCAGCUGUGUGAAGGGAAUAAACUCCCGCUACGUCUCUGUGCAUGUGGACAACUCAAGGGACAUCGGAAACAAAGUCACGUCCAUGACUUUCCUUUAUGGAAAGGCAGUUGAAGAUCUCUGCAGAAUUAAACAGGUGGACCUGGACUCCAGACAUAUCGGCUGGGUCACCAGCGAGCUCCCCAGGGUUGAUGCUCAGAUUGUGAAAAUUGAGCUGAAGGGACCAGAGAACACCCUGCGAGUGCGACAGGUCAAAGUGCUGGGGUGGAAGGACGGGGAGAGCAUCAAAAUCGCUGGACAGAUUUCAGCUAGUAUGGCGCAGCAGAAGAACUGCGAGGCAGAAACCCUUAGAGUUUUCCGUCUGAUCACAUCGCAGGUGUUCGGAAAACUUAUCUGUGGGGAUGCAGAGCCAACUCCAGAACAGGAGGAGAAGAACUUACUGUCUUCUCCUGAAGGAGAGGACAAGGCUACAUCUGAUGCAGACUUGAAGGAGCACAUGGUUGGGAUUAUAUUCAGCAGGAGUAAGCUGACAAACCUUCAGAAGCAGGUGUGUGCUCAUAUUGUGCAGGCAAUUCGAAUGGAAGCCACCCGUGUUCGUGAGGAGUGGGAGCACGCCAUCUCCAGCAAGGAGAACGCCAACUCUCAGCCCAGCGAUGAAGACGCCUCCUCGGACGCAUACUGCUUCGAGCUGCUGUCCAUGGUGCUGGCACUGAGCGGCUCCAACGUGGGUAGGCAGUACUUAGCCCAACAGCUGACUCUGCUGCAGGAUCUCUUCUCCCUGCUCCACACCGCUUCCCCCAGGGUGCAGAGACAGGUGACCUCUCUGUUGAGGCGUGUCCUCCCUGAGGUGACCCCGGCUCGCCUGGCCAGUAUAAUCGGGGUGAAGGCCCUCCCUCCUGCAGAUAUCAGCGACAUCAUUCACUCCACAGAAAAGGGAGAUUGGAACAAGCUGGGUAUCCUGGACAUGUUCCUGGGCUGCAUUGCCAAAGCGCUCACUGUACAACUGAAAGCCAAGGGAACCACUAUAGCUGGGACUGCAGCAGGAAAAGGAGUCACCACAGUGACACUGCCCAUGAUCUUCAACUCCAGCUAUAUUAUGCGAGGCGAGAGUCACUGGUGGAUGAAGGGCUCCACUCCACCCCAGAUUGCUGAGAUCAUUAUCAAACUGGUCAAGGACAUGGCAUCAGGGCACCUGUCUGAGGCCUGGUCCCGGGUCACAAAGAAUGCCAUUGCUGAGACCAUCAUUGCUUUAACCAAAAUGGAGGAAGAACACAGAUCACCAGUGCGCUGCAUUGCAACUACCAGGCUAUGGCUGGCCCUGGCUUCCCUUUGUGUACUGGACCAGGACCAUGUGGACAGGCUUUCUUCUGGCAGGUGGAUGGGUAAAGAUGGGCAACAGAAGCAAAUGCCUAUGUGUGAUAACCAUGACGAUGGGGAGACUGCUGCUAUCAUCCUGUGUAACAUGUGUGGAAACCUGUGUACUGACUGUGACCGAUUCCUCCACCUCCACAGACGCACCCGCUCACAUCAGAGACAGGUGUUCAAGGAAGAGGAAGAGGCUAUUAAAGUGGAUCUUCAUGAAGGCUGUGGAAGGACCAAGCUGUUCUGGCUAAUGGCUCUAGCAGAUUCUAAAACCAUGAAGGCAAUGGUAGAGUUCAGGGAACAUACAGGCAAGCCUGCAUCCAGCAGCUCGGAGGCUUGUCGUUUCUGUGGCACGAGGAAUGGAACGGAGCUGUCAGCUGUGGGAAGUGUGUGCUCUGACGCAGACUGUCAGGAGUAUGCAAAAACUGCGUGCAGCAAGACUCAUCCCUGUGGCCACCCAUGUGGAGGGGUUAAGAAUGAGGACCAGUGUCUGCCCUGCCUGCAUGGCUGUGACAAGAGCACAUCCUGCCUCAAACAGGAUGCUGAUGACAUGUGCAUGAUCUGUUUUACUGAAGCACUGUCGGCGGCACCAGCAGUUCAAUUGGAUUGCAGUCACGUGUUCCAUCUUCAGUGUUCCAGGCGAGUUCUGGACAACCAAUGGCUUGGUCCAAGAAUAACAUUUGGAUUCAUGUCUUGUCCUAUCUGCAAGAAAAAAAUCAAUCAUUUAAUGUUGAAGGACCUGCUGGAUCCCAUCAAAGAACUGUAUGAAGAUGUGAGAAGAAAAGCUCUCAUGAGGUUAGAAUAUGAAGGGCUACACAAGAGUGAAGCCAUCACUACCCCUGGGGCUCGGUUUCACAGUGAUCCUGCUGGCUUUGCCAUGAACAGAUAUGCUUACUAUGUCUGCUACAAGUGUAAAAAGGCCUACUUUGGAGGUGAGGCACGCUGUGAUGCAGAGGCUGGACAAGGUGAUGACUAUGACCCUCGAGAGCUCAUCUGUGGAGCUUGCUCGGAUGUUUCAAGAGCCCAGAUGUGCUCCAAACAUGGUACAGACUUCCUGGAGUACAAAUGCCGCUACUGUUGCUCAGUGGCUGUCUUUUUUUGCUUUGGCACAACACAUUUCUGUAACGCUUGCCAUGACGACUUUCAGAGGAUGACCAGUGUAUCCAAGGAGGAGCUUCCACACUGCCCUGCAGGUCCGAAAGGUAAACAGCUGGAAGGCUCAGAGUGCCCACUACAUGUUGUGCAUCCCCCGACAGGGGAGGAGUUUGCACUGGGCUGUGGGGUCUGCAGAAACGCUCACACUUUUUGAACAAGCAUGCUGUUUCCCAGCAGAACCAUCCUUCCACAUUUAAGCCUCUGGGAACCUCUCAACUGAUCCCAAAGGCAGGUCAGUCAAAGACCGGCAGAGCAAGCGAAGAAACCCCAGAAUUAAGAGGAAAUAGACAGCGUCCUGGAUGUGGGAGACCCAGUGCAUCUUCAGGACUUUUAAAAACUUGUGACAUGUUUGCAUGCAGCCGUUGUAACCCUCGGCUCCUAUAAACGUUGCACGCCUCUUAAUCACCGAGGCAUAACGAUGCUUUCAAAAUAAAACCUGUUCAUGGCAAUUGUGGAGCAACAUAAAAAAUAAAUCAGUAAUGCCAGCUUCCUAACUAUGAAUACAAAUAAAGAUAAUGUUAUAUGUAUACUGCUGGGUUUUUUUUUUUGUAAUCCUGUACAGUAUUCCCAACUGUUGACUGCAUAACGGGCAAAAAAAGUGUCUUGUCUGGUUUAUGAGUAUAGCCUGUUGAGAAUGUGUUCUGUUAGGAAGGCAUAUAGUGUACGAUUUAUCUCAUGUUGUAUAUAAUGAUGGUAUCCAAAAUAGGUGUAUUCUGAAUUCGCUACUUUACACUUCAGUUUCAUUUAAUCUUCUGGGUUAUGUUUUGAGCCUGAAAUUUUAAUGAAGUGCAAUACUGGGUGUUCCUCCUAUCUUGCAGCUGUAAACAUAUGGAAUGUAUAUGUCAAUAAAGCCGCUGUACAUUUUUAUACAGUGAAAAGGCUA